AUGGCGGCCCCCAUAAGGUCUUCGUGUAGGAGACUGAGUUAUAAUAUAAAAUGCCUUGUAGGAAAAUCCAGGUUCUUAACGAACGCAGCAGUACCUAACCAGAAUCUCUUUCGAUAUACAUCAUCUUUCAGAUUCUACAGUUCAAAAUCGACAUCAUCAGAUCCUAGAGCGCCAAGGUCAAAGCGUUUGAUCGCAGUUGGAAUCGGUACACUGACGACCGCAUUUGUUGGUAUUAGAUAUGGUUUACGCAACACUACAGUGCAUAAUGAAGAUAACCAUGAGAUUCCUAACAUCCAACCUUCGAGACAGAUCCGUAUACCAACUGAUAAAACUGGUAUGAAGUUGGUUCUGUAUCAGUAUCAGACGUGUCCGUUUUGCUGUAAACUCCGUGCCCUACUGGACUAUUAUGGGUUAUCAUAUGAUGUGGUGGAAGUGAAUUCAGUGUUAAGGUCGGAGAUCAAAUGGUCGCAGUAUAAGAAAGUUCCUAUACUUGUGUUCCAAGCACAAGGCAAUGAGGAACAAAUACAACUGAAUGAUUCAUCUGUAGUGAUGAGCAUCCUGUACACCUACCUUCUGGAUCCAACCAAAACUGUAAACGUUAUCAAGUCUUUCUACCCUCAAGUCGAAGUCUUUGAUGAAGUCAAAAACAAAAACGUCAAUGAUUUUUUGAACAAGUAUGCUAUCAUGUACCAAGAGGAUGCUUCUGAUGGCCGAACAACAGAACAGCAGAUGGAGGAAAGGACCUGGAGAACCUGGACAGAUAAAACCCUGGUCCACAUGCUAUCCCCCAAUGUGUACAGAACACCCUCAGAAGCACUCCAGGCAUUCAGGUACUUCUCAGAGGUUGGCGAGUGGGAGAAUGUCUUCAGCUUUCCUAUGAGAAUGUUUGUUAUUUACACGGGAGCCACAGCCAUGUACUUCCUUGGAAAAGUUUUGAAAAAGAGGUAUAACCUACACAAUGAUGUGCGUGUAUCUCUGUACAAUGAGUGUGAUGUGUGGGUAAAGGCUGUUGGUAGGAAUAGGAAGUUUCUCGGCGGAGACAAACCAAACCUGGCAGAUCUGUCUGUGUAUGGUGUGCUCAGCUCUAUAGAAGGAUGUGAUGCUUUCAAGGACACUUUAGAAAGGACAAAAAUAAAACCCUGGUAUAACCGGAUGAAGAAUGCUGUCCAGAGACAUGAAGGCAUCGGUACAUUACAGGCUGUACAGCGACAGACGUCAAAAUCAAGCUGAUCAAAUUUCAGAAAUUUCAUUCUGUUGAAAUAACUCUGACACUAGGAUAAUCUUCUGUGAGAAAUUUCUACAUGGAAAACUAUAGUAAAUCAAGUUGUAAUGUAUGCUUUGUUUGUAUGUUAUGUGUAUUUGAUAGAAAAUCCUUAUUAAAGGUAAUUUUUUAGGAGAAUUAGAAGAGAUUUCAUGCCUAACUAAAUCUAGAAACCUACAGCUAACCACAUAUUGUUUCUGCAAUGCUGAAAAUGUUUUCACAAACUUCAAGUACAAGUUAUUGAUAAUGUCACAUGGUCAUCAUCCUUAUUAGAAUGUCAUAAUAGAAACUUUUUACUAUUGUACUGGACUGAAUGAAUAAGUGUGUAUGUCCAGUUGUUCAGGAUUGUACUGGAUAGAAUGACUAGGUGUAUGUCCUGUUGUCCAGGAUUGUACUGAUAUAAUGACUAAAUGUAUGUCCUGUUGUCCAGGAUUGUACUAGAUAGAAGAACAAGGUGUAUGUCCUGUUGUCCAGGAUUGUACUAGAUAGAAUGACUAGAUUAUGUCCUGUUGUCCAGGAUUGUACUAGAUAGAAUGACUCGAUGUAUGUCCUGUUGUCCAGGAUUGUACAAGAUAGAAUGACUAGAUGUAUGUCCUGUUGUCCAGGAUUGUACAAGAUAGAAGAACAAGGUGUAUGUCCUGUUGUCCAGGAUUGUACUAGAUAGAAUGACUAGGUGUAUGUCCUGUUGUCCAGGAUUGUACAAGAUAGAAUGACUAGGUGUAUGUCCUGUUGUCCAGGAUUGUACUGAUAUAAUGACUAGAAGUAUGUCCUGUUGUCCAGGAUUGUACAAGAUAGAAUGACUAGGUGUAUGUCCUGUUGUCCAGGAUUGUACUGGAUUGAAUGUCAAGGUUUACUCUUUGAAGGUACAUAAAAAAGACACUGCAUUACAUACAAAAAUGAGGUUCUUAUAACCUUUAUUGACCUUUGGUCUUGGGUUAAAGAUUUCCAGAACACUUCUCAGCCAUUGUUUAAAAUAUGGCCUCCUAGCUAUACGAUGUGAGAACAGUAUGAAAAGAUGAUGUGUCAUAUGACCUCAUUUGACCUUCUGUUUUGGUGAUAGAGAUAUCAUAAAUCAGCAUCACCUGGUUACUUUUACCACAUUUUACGACUAAACUCACAUGUGCCUUUAUAUGGACUUCAUCGGACUUUUCAACUGUUGGGGUCUACCUACAUGAUUUUGUCCUUCUGAAGCAAAAUGCUCACCCUGUUUCGUUUCUGAGGUGCAUCUUAACUACCAUUUGAUGUGUAUUCCGCAAGAUUUAUGUACAUUCUGGGUUGAAUGUGUGUGUUGCCUCAAAAGUAGAUCAUUGUGAUUUGAUUUACUUCUGACCUGUACGGGGCAUCUCUUAGAUUUUGGUGAAGGUUUAUCAUUGGAAUGCCAGAACUAGGUUACUAUGACUGUGUGUAUAUUUUGAGCUUUGAGAGUAAACACUUUUAGGAACUAGAUUUUGGUAAAUGUUUAUCAUGGGAAUGCCAGAACUAGGUUACUGUGACUGUGUGUAUAUUUUGAGCUUUGAGAGUAAACACUUUCAGGAACUAGAUUUUGGUGACGGUUUAUCAUGGGAAUGCCAGAACUAGAUUACUGUGACUGUGAGUUUAUUUUGAGCUUUGAGAGUAAACACUGUCUUGGGAUCAUAGUUCCUUAACUAUCUCACAUAAAGUCUAUAAAGUCUUUUGGUAUCCUUGGGACUACAUGUAGGUCAGUGCAUCCUACAAAAUUGAAAUGGUAUUAUGAUCACUGACAUUCUUAAGGUAAAAAUAGCAUCUGGAACAUCAUCUGUAUCAUUUCAUACUGGACUUUUAAUAUUUGUGUAUAUCUUUACAAGUUAUUGUGUCACUUAACCAAGGAAUAUCAGUGAACUUUAAUAUUUAAAUUAAAAACGAGAAAUGUUCCUGUGGCAUUGUAUUUUUUUGGGUAGGAUACAGAAGUAGCAGCAUUGUAAUGGAGUCCAUGUAUCGAUAUGACAAAGUAUAUAACAGUUAUAGUUCUUUACUAGUAGAAAAACUUCGCAGAAUUCUUAUUUUAUUUCGCUCUUAAUGGUAAUGGUUGCAUGAAUAGGUAACUUUAUAAAGACAAAUUUCCUUUUAAUAAUCCCAUUUGGGAUACCAUGAUUUUUUAAAACUUUUUUUCUUCCCAUAUUUAUAAUGAUGAAGUUGUUGCUAUGGUCUUGGUUAUUGUUAAUAUUUACAUGUAGGAGAUUUGAGGUACACAUCAUGGAAGAUUAUUAGAGCAGGGGCAAGUAAUUCAGGGAGUAGGUCAUAUAAAAUACAAGUAAAGAUAUUUGGCUGACAGGUUUCCAGGAUGAAGCUAACAAAGCUUGCAAGCAAAAGGUGCAGAAGCAUGUUAGUUAGGUGAUAGGUUUCUAGUAUGAAGGCAGUGAAAGUUUUUGAAAAGAAAUGACCUUGACAUUUAUUUAUGGUCACAGGGGUUAAAUUGGUUGAAACCUUAUAAUGACUUCUUCUGACUAACCAAAAGGCACAGGAGCAAGGUAUUUGACCUAUAGCUUCCUGGGAUGAAGCCUGACAAAGUUUGCAGAAAGAAUGGACCUUGACCCAUAUUGAUGGUCACAGGGAUCAAAUUUGUUGAACCUGGUAAAAUUUUCUGCUGGUAAACCAAAAGUUCAAGAGGCAGGGUAUUUGGUUGAAAAGUGUUUCUAGGUGAAAGCCAAAUAAAUUUUGAGAAAAAAAAGAAAUGGCAUUUACCUAUAAUACUGGUGACAAUUGUCACUGUUUGCAGUUGAGUAUUAGAAACUGUUUGUUGUGGAAAUUUGUGAAAAUUAAUUGGUGUGCCCAUGUUGAAUGCCAAUGGUGUACAUGACAAUAUAUCUGUAAUGUUAACACAGAUUCUAUUUUUGAUGAAUAUUGAACGCUACUCUAGCGGUGCAGGCCCAUUGGGCCUCUGGUUUGAUAUCACCCUAGUCACAUUUCUGUCAAUUUCUUAAUGCAGAUGUUUUUGUGUGUUUAUAUAUAUGGUCACUUGAUGCUAUUGGAAAAGAAGAUAAGUCUGAGAAAUCCUGCUGUCUCAGUAAGAAACAACCCUACACCGAGCGUUGAAUUAUAAUCGUAUGAAUAUCAGGUUUAAGUUAUUUACUAAUGUGAUAAAAAAUUAUGGAAUAAAUCUGUGUGCAUGAAGUCUGUGUUUACAAAUCCUGUUCAUAUUACCUGGAAUAAAUAUGUUGAUUCAUAAAAA